CACCACCAGACUUCACACAAAAAAACUGUCCCUGUACUUUGCUCUUGCUCUGCCAGGAAAUCGUUUCUGAGCCUCUCCCUCUCCUAGCUCCUCCUCUGUAUUAUUGAUUAGCCACAUUUUUUGAUUUCCCCGGUUCGUCCUUCCCUCUGUUUCGCAGCUCAUUCCAUGGAGUCGCGAGUGUUGUCACGCGCCACCGCCUUCUCCUCCUCCUCCUCCUCCCUCCCCUGCCCCCGCAGGCUGCCGCGCGAAUCUCACAAUGCUUCCUUCCUCUCCGUCAAGCCGAUCGGGGCCGUCGCUGAUGGCGGCAACCUUAUCUGGGGAAGGCAGCUCCGUCCCACCCUCUGCUCACCGGCGUUGAGGAAAGACGCUCCCCUUCGGCCUUGUCUCGCCGCUGCCUCCUCUUCUGCUGAAGGAAGUGAUUCCGCCGGGGAAGCGAAAGUGGCUCCUGUUGGUUUUUUCGAUAGGUAUCCGGCGCUGGUGACUGGAUUCUUCUUCUUCAUGUGGUACUUCUUGAACGUGAUCUUCAACAUUCUCAAUAAGAAGAUCUAUAAUUACUUUCCUUAUCCAUAUUUCGUUUCUGUGAUCCAUUUAUUGGUGGGCGUAGCAUACUGUCUUGUGAGCUGGGCCGUGGGCCUCCCAAAACGAGCUCCGAUAGACUCAAACUUGCUGAAGGUGCUGAUCCCUGUGGCCGUGUGUCACGCACUAGGCCACGUGACCAGCAAUGUGUCAUUCGCAGCUGUUGCAGUUUCCUUCACCCAUACUGUUAAAGCUCUGGAGCCCUUCUUCAAUGCUGCUGCUUCCCAAUUCAUACUUGGCCAGUCAAUUCCUUUCACUUUGUGGCUGUCUCUGGCUCCUGUUGUUAUUGGUGUGUCCAUGGCUUCACUGACUGAGCUCUCGUUCAACUGGACUGGUUUUAUAAGCGCUAUGAUUUCAAACAUUUCAUUCACAUAUCGCAGUAUCUAUUCAAAGAAAGCUAUGACUGAUAUGGAUAGUACAAAUGUGUAUGCUUACAUUUCCAUCAUUGCCUUGGUUGUCUGCAUUCCGCCGGCCAUAAUUUUUGAGGGGCCUGCACUGUUGAAGGGUGGUUUCAGUGAUGCCAUUGCUAAAGUUGGUACCGUCAAGUUCAUCUCAGAUCUUUUCUGGGUCGGAAUGUUUUACCACCUCUACAACCAGCUGGCCACCAACACUUUGGAGAGGGUGGCUCCUCUGACGCACGCAGUUGGGAAUGUACUGAAACGUGUAUUUGUAAUUGGCUUCUCAAUCAUAGUCUUUGGUAACAAGAUCUCCACCCAAACUGGUAUUGGGACAUGCAUUGCAAUUGCAGGAGUGGCAAUCUAUUCAUUCAUCAAAGCCAAGAUGGAAGAGGAGAAACGACAAGCGAAAGCAGCAUAAGAAGCAAAGAGGCGUCGGAGCAUUGGAAACUAUAUCAAUCGUCACAGAGUUGCUUCAAAAAUAAUUGUGAUGGUUACAUAUUGUAUUAUCCUUUCCUUGCAAUCCCUUCUGUUUUUCCCUUUCUCCCUCACUCUUAUUAAUUUUCUCAUCCUCUUUUUUGAUUCUGUCAGAAAACAAUGAAUUGCUGAUUCGCAAUCUUUUCAUGUUGACUGAACGAUGAUGUAUUCAUGAUUCCCUCAGGACACGUUAAAGCUCGCCUUUUCAUUUC